AUGCCGACCCACAUCACACAGCCGCAGACUCCUUGUCUCGUCCGUCCAUUACCCCUAUCCCAGCCUCGAACUUCGACGAUGAACGUGCUCGAAGAUCACCCGGAGCUCCAGAAGAUGCUCAUGGAGGGCCUUUCCGCAGAGCUGAAGAAGGCGAAGACAGAAAUCGCGUUACUCAAAGAUCAGGAGAGUCUCAAGGCGCGAUCGUCAAGUACACCUUCGUUUCAGGAUCCCUCACACGUCGGAAUUGACGCAAACGAGUUGAGUAAUCUGCGCUUGGACGCAGAGCAAGGAAGAAGUCUUCGUGCAGUGAGGACAUUGGUUCUCAUUCAAGUACGGAAGCUCAUGGCUGCACUUGAACAGCAAAUCGAGGACAAGUACGCGCAUAUACGCAAACGUGAGACAGAACUCAAGGAGCGCGAGGAUGCAAAUGAGGAACGCCACACAACUCUCCCAAGCAACUUUCGCUUCGACACCAGAGUCUACGCGAAGAGAUCGAUUCUCAGCGCUCAGGCCCGAUCCCCCUUAGCGACCCGGAAGUACGGCAAAGGGCAUGCACCGAAUGCGAAGUCUUGCGCACUAUUUCGGGCGUCUGACCCAUUGAAGAAGUUGCGGGACUUUCAUUCUCGGGUCUCGAAUGAGAAAAGUGACGAGCGGCUAAUCAGAAGCGGUGGAUCGGAUGUCAGAGCCUUACAGGAGCAAUUAUGUCAAUUGCAAGAAGAAAGGCGUCAUCGGGAACGCGGAUUUGAAGGACUGGCCGCGGAGCUUGUAACUGCGAAGGAGGACUACAAACUCCAUCAAAAUCUUCUGAUCCAAGCCUGUAACACCGAAACAACAAAUCUCCGAACUGCCAACCAGAUCCUGAACAGUGAGAUUAUCCAGCUCCAAAAGGAUGGUGGGAACCGUGAUGCCAAGAUUUGGGACCUUGAAUCAAAACUGGUCACUGCUGUAUAUGCUCGGCCUAUCAAGCAAGAAGAGGAUGAAAUCAAGGGACUGAAAGAGGUAUUCUGUUUCCUAGAGCUCUGCACAUAUCUAAUUCAUUACAAGAAACUUGCAAUUGCAACAUCUAAUGAAAGAAUGUCCAUUAUAAAGCUCAAUAGCCACAAGAAGAAGUAUCAAGAGUUGACAAUGAACUUGACAGAAAAAAGAAAUGAAGUAACUAUGCUGCAGAGACAGAUACAUGAUCUUGAGAAGAGUGCGAGAAGACACCAGGAAUCAUCCAAGACAAAAGAGAAGCAACUUACUGCAGAGAAGAAUGCUCUACAAGGGCAGAUCCGAGAGCUACAAGAUGCUGAGAUCAGCAGAAUGAUGAGGAGCUCAGCAUCACAUUCUGAGGAGUGGAGGGCCACUGAAAAUUUUGCCCGCCUUCAAGCAACUUAUAACUCAGUUGUUGCUGAGAAGGAUUCCAUAUUAGCAGAGCUGCAGAAGUGGCGGAGCCAAAAAACACCUGCUGCCGCUUCUGAUUUGCCCAGGGCAGUUGCAUCAAGUGACCUCGAAGUCAGAAAAACUGCAGAGAAGAUGAUAGAGGAUACAAGGAAUCAUAAAGCGCAACUCCAUGCUUGGCAGUUGAAAGCAAAGAAGCUCCAGAAGCAACGAGAUGGACUUCAUAGAAAACUUUGGGACUUCGAAAAUGUUGAGCAAAAUAAGCAGUGGGAUAACCAUGAGGAUGAAGAAGAUCAAGAUUAUGAUGGAGAUGAUAUUGAUGAUGAAAUGCUGUCCUGGGAUGAGCGCUUUUCAUAUAUUGACUUCAUGGAUGACACCUUUGAUGAACCCGAGGAUCGUGCUCAGUUCAAAGAGUUCGAGCCAAUACAUGAUAUUGAUUCGGAAAAGCCAUAUGAUUCCUUUAUCCAUGAAGUUCCCCGACGCGUCCCAUCUCUCCACCUGCCGAAGCGGUCUGUUUGGACAAGUAAAGCCCAGGUGCACGCACUGGCUUUCGCUCCGACGGAGAAAUACAACUUCCAAAUGAAUACCUGGUCUCCGUACACCGCAUUGCAAGAUCGCGAAAAUCAACAUUUCAAUCUGUUCAUGAAUAAGGGCGAGCACGUGUACUACGCGGGCGAAUAUAUCGUUCACAGUCUGCGGGAGGCUCAUGAGCCCGGAUCGGAAGUUCCCUGGGAUAUCUCCCAGGCUGCGAUAAUGCGCGACAUGGGGCUACGCUCGGGUCAGAAAAAUAUCGUUCGGAACAAGUUUGGGACGCCGUUCCCUCCAACGGAGUGUUUCGGCCUUCAGUGUGUGGGAUUCGACCACGGGCUGUAUAUGGAUUUGAGGGCUGUUUAUGAAGCCAAGCGGGCGCUGAGUAGUACGCUCUGAUAAUUUCCGUACCACUCUGUCUGUAGGCCACCACCCCUGAUCAGAUUUCU